AUGUGGUCCAGACGAGGAGUGUUGCUCAUCUUCUCCACGAUCUUGUCGUUAGGGGUCGCUCUGAUCGAGGAGAUCCGACUUCCGGAUGAGUUUUCGGAAUGUCUCGUGCGACACACUGCUAAAAGUAACGCGAGUGCCACAACGUCAGAAUCCAUUGACAACUUCUGUAUCAACCGGCAUCGGAUGAACCUAGCAAGGCCAUAUUUAAUGCAAGUGAAUGUUUCAAAAGACAUGACCAGCUGGAUUGACGAACUCCUUCGCAUGUCAUCUGUAGAAAGUUAUGAACAUAAACAAGCCAUGAUCAGAAAUAAACGUCAAACGAUCGGUGUUCCCGCGCUUCGUCCUGAUGUUCCAGUGGGUUUUCAAACCGCAUCACUGGGGGCUUUUCAGACUGUUCCACAACAGCAAACUCAGCGACAAAUUAACCCUUUAGACCAAACAUUUCAACAGCAAGGUGUCCCAUCCCAAACCUUCCAACCGGAAGGCAGUCUUCAGCAGAACGUUCAAACCAUAGAGACUGAACAGCCAAUCCCUAUCGGAAAAGGUUCCCUAGCAAGUAUUGUCUAUCAACAGAAUGUGCCAACAAAUUCUGACACCUCAGGGCAGCAGCCGGUUCCUCCAGCUCCGCAGCAACAAGCACCUACACCACAAACAUUUCAGUCACAGCCACAGCCGCAACCACAGCCACAGCCACAGCCACAGCCACAGCCGCAGCCGCAACCACAGCCACAGCCACAGCCCCAGCCCCAGCCACAGCCAGCAAGGGCUCCUCCUGUCGUUAGACCAACUUUGCGCCUACGCAAAGAAUAUCGCCGACUCACAGAGCAGGAGAGAAACGACUUUCAUCGAGCCGUACAGAUGUUGAAGGCAGACACAUCCAUCAGCCCAAACAGGUACGACGCCCUGGCAUUGGUGCACUUCCGGCUCGUCAACAACAUCCACCACGGCAGUGGCUUCCUUCCAUGGCACAGGGUCUUCAUAACCAUAUUUGAGAAUGCCCUACGACAAAAGGUGCCGACGGUCGCCCUACCUUACUGGGAUUCUACCUUAGACGAAGCCAUGAUGGAUCCUACACAGUCUAUUCUCUUCUCUGCUAGAUUCGCCGGAAACGGAAAUGGUUUAGUGACGAAUGGACCGUUUGCCUACUGGCAGACCCCAUCCGGUCCCCUGAUUCGUAAUAUAGGCCAAGGCGGAGGUAGUUUAUUCUCAAGACAAGAAAUUUUAGCUGUGUUAUCAAGAUCGCGUUUGAAUGAAAUAGAGGAACCGGAUGCUGAUAAUAUGUUCAACUUGGAAAAUUAUCAUGGUGACGUGCACACAUGGCUAGGUGGUGAAAUGGAACCCAUGGAAACGUCCGCAUUCGACCCGCUCUUCUAUUUGCAUCAUUGUUUUGUGGACUAUGUCUGGGAAAUAUUCCGAACACGGCAGCGGGCAAUGGGAAUUGACCCAACAAGGGAUUAUCCCGCAAAUUUCGGACCGCAGACUCAUUCACCAUUCUUUAGAAUGGGUUUUGGGGAUUUGCAGAAUUCCUUUGGCUUGAGUGACAUGUUUACUUCACAAAUUUAUACAUAUGAGCAAAACCCAUCCUGCUCCUUAGCAAAUCCUAACUGUGGAUCGAUGUACUUGAGCUGUGAUAUUUCUCAAGGUAUUGCACAAUGUCUACCGGCUGCGACAGAAGUAAGCAAUGCUGCGCCCGUGCAGCCAGGACAAGCAGGUUUUGGAGAUCAAAAUCCACAGAAUCCGUUUGGGCCGGCGCCUAAUACAGGUCAACAGAGGGGGAUCGGAGGAGGGUUCGGGCAGCCGAUGCCGAUGUUUGGUCGCCGGAAACGACAGGUUGACAAAAAGAAUAUCGCUCGCGCCAAGAAAGUACUACAAGAAAAUGCAAGGAACAUGGCUGUUACGAAAGGCACACAUACUUGUACAGGAACUUGGCUAUCUUUCUCUAGUCAGAACACAUUUGAAGUUGAUGGCGUUAGUGACACCCGAAAGUGGGUAUUCAUUCCCGUAAAAAUUAUAAGUAAACGUUCACCGGAACAUAGAAAAUUUCAAGCGUUCCCUAUAUUUGAUGGAAAGGCAUCUCGAGAACACGACAUUUACGACCCAGAUGCAUAUCCGGAAAUAAGCCCUUAUUUUUCAGAACAAGUCAUGCCAUUAUCUAAAACAUGCAAUUCUCGUGCAAGUGACAGGACUGUUGGCAGAGUUCAUAUCCGGUCCAACGGUCUGAAUUAUCACGGUAACUACGAAGAAUACACGGUCGUUGAUCUUCGCCAAGCCUUCUCGGAAUCGUCGACGUACAUCGCCUUGAGUGAUCCGGAAGACGACAUGUCUGAGGUCCUGCUGACGGCGUACGACUCUUGUGGUCGACGUUGUAAGCCCUAUUGCCGAAGUAGCGAUCCGACACGUCCGGGCUACCACAGCUGUUCCGGAGCCGUCCGUGUCACUAAAGAAACACCCUGGAUGUAUGGAAAGAAUUACGGUGACGCUGUCCGUAUGUCUUGGAAUAUGCAAAGCCUGACUGACAUUCCCGAACUGAAGACUGACUACAACUUUAUCCAGUUUUACUGUGACCACACCGACUGA